AUGGAGGUUGCAGAGUUGUAUGAAGAUCUGAAAAAACGUGUGCAACAGUUUAACAUGUUUGUGACGGACAACACCCAGCUCUCUGACUACACCAGCAUACACGAACAGAAGUUCAUCCUUCAGGUUGUCAUUGCUGGUGCCUACUACCCAAACUACUUUGUCCAGAGGGAAAUUGAUGAAGACUUGGCUUCCAGAGAGUUGAGUGGUUUGAACCACAGAACAACUGUGAUGGUGAGGAAUCUCCCUCCGUACAGUUUUCUGUACUACAAACAGCUGCAGUCUCUGUUCCGCCAAUGUGGACAAGUCAAAGCCAUUUUCUUUGAGAGCUCCAGAGCAUAUGUGGAAUUCUACAAGACAUCCCAGGAUUCUGCAGUGCUCCCUGAGGUGAUGCUCGCCCUCAUUUUGGCCCAGCAGGGAUCUGCCUUGGAAUUGUCUGUUUACCCAAUGGAACAAAUAGAAAAAUGCGUAGGCAGCAGACCAGUAUCUCACAUGAAAUAUGCACGGGUAAACGUCGACUUCCAAAGCCAGUCUGUCUUUCCAGUGGGAGUAGUGAGCAGCACCCUUGAGCCAGACAAACUGCCUCCUAACCGCUUGUUUGUGGUCAGCGUUACAGAGGUGGUGGAUGUGGGCCAUUUCUGGGGCUUCCAGGCAGAUGAAGCCAGUUUGGAAAAGCAGCGCCAACUGACAGGAGAGAUCAACAUGCGCACACUGCAUCCUAUAACUUUGUCACUCUAUCCUAACCUUCUGUGUUUGGCGCCCUACUCUGAGAUAAACAACCAGAGCCUCUACUACCGGGCGAAGAUCCUGCACAUGCGUGGAAACACAGUAGAAGUGUUCUUCUUGGACUUUGGCAACACAGCAGCUGUCCCAUGCAACACCUUGAGGGAACUACCAUCUGACCUCCUGCAUCACCCCUUCCAGGCUCAGGAGUUCCAAAUUACUGAAAUGCGUCCAUCAGCCGAGUCUGUCAUCUUUGGGAACCAGUGGAGCAGCCGUGCUCGUCAACGGUUCAUGGCGCUUGUGAAAGACCAUUCAGUCAUUGUGUCGCUUUACUCCAUUCUCAAUGGAAUAAUGCGUGUACAGCUGCUCAUCAGCGGCGAGACGACAAACAAAAGCCUGGCUGAUAUUUUUGUGGAGGAGGGCCACGCCGUCAUUGCUGAAGAGAGCUUUGACUCGAAGCAAAACAACGAGACGCUGGUUUCUCUGUACAAAGACAUUCAAACAGGAAUGUAUGUCCCCAAUGCCAUCAGCAGCUCCUGGAAAGAUCGCAAGAAAGAAGAGAAGGAGCUCAUCGACUGCCUCCUCUCCCACUUUUCAAAAAGCCGCACGCUUUACUCUAGAACAAAGAUUCGUCUGCAUGGACCGAACAGUCCUCAUAAAAUGUUGUUUCACAGCUUGAACGCCACCAUAUACUGCAAGAUGGUGUGCAUUGAUCGAAGCAGCGUCAAUGCCAUGGCUCUGAAUGAAAACCCUCACUACAAGCACCAGAGAAUGAUGGUAUCUGGGACAGUGUCUGUCAGUGCUUCAGGUAACCAGAUUCUCCUGAGGGACACCACCCUCAUGCCAGACAUUCCUGGACUGUCUGCCAUUGUUACCAUGCUCUUCACCCCCAUCAUGGAGUUGCGCACUAAUGAAGAGAAGACUUGCUACACUGGAGCGCUCUGUGGUUUGGGCUGGAACAGUCAAACCCAAGAAGGCCUUCCACCUGAACAUGACAUUGAAAUGGCCUUUGAUGUAAAGUUUGACGUGGAAGACAUCACUGAGAUAAAUGCUCUGCGAGUAGCUAUCAACCGUCUAGCGUGUGAAGGGCCCAGUGGCACCCUGCAUCUGGGUUCUGACAGGAUUGGCCAACUGCAAGAGGACUGUCGGGAGCGCCUCAAGAGCUUGUUCACUAAAUCUCCUCCGAGGGAAGCUGUCACUCCAGUGUACUAUGACAAAGCAGGAAAAUGGAACCAGGUUGAUCCUUCCCUCAAGGUGGACAUCACUGAGGUCAGAGCUGGGAACACAAGAGGUUUUUUACAGCUGCAUCCUGUCAUUCUUCUCAACUGAAAAGUUUACCUGUGUGAAUUUGGACACCCUUAUUAUUGCAAAUAGUUAAAUUACUGCCAUUCGUUUCUGUUACGUUUGUGCUGUCAAUAUUUCCGUUAGUGCUGUUAGGGUUUUUAAGUUAUUCUAAACUACAUUUUCUGACCAGUGACAUCAUCCAGCUCAUCCAACUUGUCAAAAAGUCAAAGUUAUUAUGUUAACGGUUUAUUGUUUAUAACCUGCCCCCCCACCUUGUCAAAAUCUCCCCAAACUUCUCCCAUUUGUUUGUGCUACACUUGUGCUUUAAAAUUGUCUACCAAAUCUACCAUACCUUAUAGAUAACAACAUAAAACCUGAAAUAGACCAAAUCAUUUUGCAGCACACACGUUUGGGGAGAUUUUGACAAAGUGGAGUGGCUGGUUGUUAAUAACAUUAAAAAAAACUUUAACAGACAAAAACGUUUUGCAGCACAAACACAGCAUAGCACAAAAGUUUUGGGAUAUUUUGAUGUUUUUAUAAAAACGAAAGGGAAAAGGUGGGCGCGGGGGUCACUCGUCAGAAAAUGUAUUUUAGAAUAACCUAAAAACCGUAAAGGCACAAACAAAAAAAUUAUUGCCACAUACAAAUGGCAGUGUUAUUUUAAUAUUUGCAAAGCAUUGGGGCUAAUGUUUACCAUUUUCAUUUCACGUGUUUGUCAGAAGUGUUACUUUACUGAACCAGUGUGACUUGAGAUUCAGUGGUACAGAAGAUUCCGUUACUUUAUUUUUAGCAUGUACAAAUAUGUAUGGGUGAUCUUUGUACAGAUACUUCUAUAUUUUGUCAGAUCUUGGAUUAGAUUUGUUAUAGGUAUUCAUUAUGUUACUGUUGUUCAGCAGUGGGUCAAUAAAUAUCUGGUUGCAACAGAA